AUGUCGAAGCCACAGAGCACCACCGGUAGCGACUCCGGAUUUGAGUUUGUCGAGACUCCCGAGGCUCGCACGCCUACUUUUGAGAAGGCCGAGGACUGCGGCGUGCGGACGACAUCGUACCCGACUAUCAAGAAUGCCCCUCUUCCCGCCGAGGGCCCAGGUACCGAGAGCUUCUCGAACAAGCUUCUCUUCUCCAUCCUCGGCGGCGUGCCGGUCUACCUGUCAUGGAAACUUGGCGGUGGUCUGAAGACGACGAUUUUCCUGGCGCUCAUCACGAGUCUGCCGCUGCUGGCUGCUUUCUGGAUCACUGCCUCCACGAUGUCCCCUCGCAAGGACGAGAAGGCUCGCCUUCCCGGCCGUCCCGUUGAGCACUACCUCACGUUCAAGAACUCCGCCGACAAGGCCAAGUAUCAGGGCCGCAACAAAAUCCCCAUGGAAACCUUCCACGAGAUGUACUUUGACGGCGAGGUCGACUUCAACGGCGAUGCCUUGGAAGUUCUUGAGUACCGUCACGACUGGGCGAACUUCCGCUUCACCUUCAGCCUGAUCAAGUACUUCUUGACUGGCAUGGUGCCUGAGGUCAUCAUGCACACUCGGUCGCAAGAUGAGGAGCAGGUACGUGGCCACUAUGACCGUGGUGACGACUUCUAUGCUUGGUUCCUUGGCCCGCGCAUGAUUUACACCGGUGGUAUCAUCGGCGACAUCAACCGCGAGGAGACCCUCGAGGAGCUCCAGGACAACAAGCUUGCCGGCGUCUGUGAGAAGAUUGCGCUCAAGAAGGACGAGACCCUCCUCGAUAUUGGCUGCGGAUGGGGUACUCUCGCCCGCUUUGCCAGCGUCAACUACGGCGCCAAGGUCACCGGUAUUACUCUCGGCCGCAACCAGACCGCCUGGGGCAAUGGCGCCAUGCGCCGCGCUGGCGUUCCCGAGGAGCAGAGCAAGAUCCUGUGCAUGGACUACCGUGACAUUCCUGUGCCCCAAGGCGGCUACAGCAAGAUUACCUGCCUGGAGAUGGCCGAGCAUGUCGGUGUCCGCCACUUCCACGGUUUCUGCAAACAGGUCUACAACAUGCUGGACGACGACGGUGUCUUCUUCCUCCAGAUUGCUGGCCUGCGCAAGAGCUGGCAGUACGAGGAUCUGAUCUGGGGUCUCUUCAUGAACAAAUAUGUCUUCCCCGGUGCUGAUGCCUCCACUCCUCUCGGCUGGUUUAUUGACAAGCUUGAGGGUGCCGGCUUCGAGGUCAAGGCUGUCGACACCACUGGCGUGCAUUACUCGGCCACUCUCUGGCGCUGGUACCGGAACUGGAUGGCGAACAAGGACAAGGUUGAGGCCAAGUACGGCAAGCGGUGGUUCCGCAUCUGGGAGUACUUCCUUGCCUACUCGACCAUCAUCUCCCGCCAGGGUAGCGCCACGGUCUACCAGAUUGUUCUCCACAAGAACAACAACGCGUUCCACCGUGUUGAGGGCAUUGCUACCCAAUAUGGCGUCAGCGGUUCUACCAACGCUGCCAAGAUUGACAUGAAGGCCUGGGUCGAGGCCAACGCGGCUGACUUCCCCAGCGUUCCGGCUGAGUAA